UCAGCUCGCUCGUCGACGGAAAGGAAUUAGAAGGCCGGCGCAGAAGAGGCACGUAUUUAUUUACCAGCAAACGAAAGGAUUGCGGUACGUCAGUUGAACAAUAUUUCCUUGAACAAAACGUUAGGUUCGAUUAGUUUCAAUCAACGGACGAUAGUAAUGUAGGUAGUCCGGUUCGUGCCGUGAAUCAAACGCAAACCGGUCAAUUGGUACCGAAAAUAGAUGAAUCGAGCGCUCAUAUGCGAACCUUUAGUUAGUAGAGCAACUACAACGUCAAGGUCUGCCACCGAAUCCACAAAAGAACAACCAACCAGCUGUGAAGAAUUAAUUUCCAACCAGCUCUACCGAGCAGUGUGACUUGUGUAACAAGCUUGCCGGAUUGAUUAAAAUAUAACAUGCACUAUAGGAAAAUGUGACGUACAGGCUGUUAUCAGCUUCAGAUUGAUUAGGUGCAGUUAGUUGAGUUAACGUGUCUACAAUAAAUAUAUGGGAAAGAAAAAAGUCAGUCUAAAAAACACUGUCGAUGGAAGUCUAAUGAUGUAACUUUUCCUGACACACUGUGAAUGAAUGCGUAACAGUUUGUGCAUCAGAACACACGUUCUUGCAUCAUUAUCUAUUAGGGGAAAUCCAUUGUGAGGGAUUAAAAAAGACACUGGUGCAUCAAUAGCGGAAGCAAACUUUGAGUGAAUCGAACUGUUAUCAAUCAAUCAGCACGAUUAUACGGAAAGCGUAGAAUUCAAAUCACCCAUUUCGCGAAACUAAUCUCUACCGAAGAUAGUCAUCUCAAUGCCGGCGCAGAAAUAGAAAACAAUCAUCCACCCGUAAACAGAGGCGAUAGUAAAAGUUCGUACAUCAUCAUCAGUAUAGUAUGGUGAGGAAUAAGUCACCGCAGGCGACGGCAGCCACUGAGAGAACCGCAGGAGUUUCCGCCAGCAGUGCCGGUGGUUACGAUAGGAUUCCCUCCGGUAACGACGUGCCGUCGUCAGUUGAAACACGGCACCCGCGAGGUGCAGCUGAUCCAACGAGCAGCAGCUCGAGUACCGCAGCCGUCACCACAACCGCUGCUGCAGACAGCGACGUUCUAAUUGCCAAUCCAUCGUCGUCGGUGCUGACCGAAAGUUACUACCUGUUGCGAAAGCCGACCGCCAUGAAGCACAAGUUGGGAGGAAUUCGGGACACGUUCCGGAACCGCAGCGUUCUGGUGGACGUGCUGGCGAUUCUGUUUGGGAUCAGUGCCUGGAUCGGGGUGAAUUCGAGCUUCGUGCAGCUACCGCUGCUGGUUAGUAGCGCACCGGAGGGAUGGAACCUCCCGUCGUAUAUGGUGAUUAUGACCCAAAUUGGGAACCUGGGACCGCUGCUGUAUACCGCGGUGCAAAAGUGGAAAGUUGCCCGGGAUUCGUUCAUCAUCUACGGGCUGCUGGUGCUCGGGUGCGUGGGUUCGAUCUGUAUGGCGUUUCUUUAUCAGAGUACGGCCUAUGUGUUCGGUGCCGAGCGGUCUGUUGCUAUGCUGGCGUGCGUUUUUGCGCUCGCACUGGUUGGCUGUACGAGUUCGGUGCUGUUUAUGCCCUAUAUGGGACGCUUUCGGGAUGUCUAUCUGAUAACCUACUUAAUCGGGGAAGGGCUUAGUGGAUUCGUACCGAGUAUUGUAGCGUUGAUUCAAGGAGUGGGGGGGAAUGCGGAGUGCAUUCCGCACAAUUCCACCGAUCCGGAUGCACCGGACUUUAUUAGCUACACACCACCGCCGCGGUUUGGUUCAAUGGAAUAUUUUAUCUUUGUGUUUGUGGUCUUCAUCGUGAGUACGGUGGCGUUCACCGUUCUGGACAACCACAAACGCUGCCGGCAGGAGUACGCGGCCGUUGUGAUCAGUCACGGAAAUGACUACACCUACGAAAGUGGCCACCAACCGUCGUCGGAAACCGCGUCGUCGAACGACGACAAGUCGUCGAACGUGAAGCUCGAAAAAAGCAAAAUUCUCUCGAAUCGCAACUAUGCCUAUCUGAUGGUGCUGCUGGGCGUUUUGUGCACCUUCGGGAACGGUAUUUUCCCGAGCGUUCAGUCGUAUUCUUGCCUGCCGUACGGGAACGUAGCCUACCAUCUGACGGUUACGCUGAGCACCAUGGCCAAUCCGGUGGCGUGUUUUAUGGCACUGUUCCUGCCGCACACCUCGAUACGUGCCAUAACGUCCAUUUCACUGCUGGCGGGCCUUUUUACGGUGUACGCUCUGGCAACGGCUUUCAUGAGCCCCACGCCACCGUUUGUGGGUUACGUAUCCGGUGAAAUCCUAGUGAUUCUCACCUGGACCAUUCUGAUCGGGUUGGUCAGCUACGUUCGGCUUUCGAUCACGACGGUUUUCCGCUACCAGGGUGGCCGGUCGCUCGUUUGGGUCGGAGCCGUUACGCAGAUCGGUUCGCUGCUCGGAUCGGUUCUAUCCUUUUCGCUGGUUAACUUUACCGAUAUGUUUCAACAGUACUAUCCAUGCUGAAUGGAUUCGUGGGAAGUGAAUUUAUUACCGUUUGUUGACUGAUUCAGGGUUUUUUGAUGAACAAAUAGGAUUUUUUUCAUGUAAUUGUAACGUUACUUAUUAGGUAGGACGAGCCUUAACAGACAACUGCAUUUAGAGCUUUAUUAGGGUUUUCAAAUUCUGUUUCUAAUUUAUGGUUUUUGUUUUUCUCGUGGAAUUUCUACUAAUUAAAAAAAACAAGCACGGCAUGUUCGGCAUAGUGAGGACAAAUAUUUUGCUCAUUUGUGCAGCUAUUAGGUUAAAACGAAAAACUUCCACUGUAAUUUUUAAUCGCUAGAUUGCACCCGUUUCGUUACGUUAUAGGUAAAUUAUUGUGUGUAGCUUUGUGAGCUCCUCUUUAGCCUUUAGACACAGUCAAACUUGUGUUGUCAUCUCAAUUCAUUUAAAUAUA